AAUACUUGUAACUGACAGAGACCUUGCCCUUAUCUCUGCUGUUCGAACCGAGUUACCACAUGUCAAACACCAGUUCUGUGUUUGGCACAUUGAGCAAAAUAUUAUUAAAAAUUUAAACAGUAAGCUUAAGGACAAAUUUAUAGCAUUUAAUAAGGAUUUUAAGGCAGUGAUGGUUAAGGCUCCCUAUGAUAAUAUGUGGUCAUAUUGUUAUACAAACAAAAAUGUAAACUAUGGAGUAAGAACAACUCAGCAGUCAGAGGCCACUAAUGCACAUUUAAAGCGUUUACUUAGUCAUUCGGCACCUUUGUCUAAGUUAGUUAAUGCAUUGGAAAAGUUAGCCCGUCAUCAACUCCAGAGUUCUCAGUACCAACAAUAUCGCAUACGUGGAAAACAAUAUAAUAUAGCUGCUAGUUAUGAUAUUAACAAGCAAAAUGUGGGCUUGUUUCAAGUUUAUCGCAAUGAAGAUCACAAGCACACAAUAUAUCAAACUGAUGCUGGAUAUGUUUGUUCUUUUAAUUAUAAUACACAAUUUUCUUUAUCGUGUCGUCACAUUUUCACUGUUCAUAUUGCUAGUAAGAAGGUUAUGAAUGUUAAUUAUAUUGGUGCUCGAUGGAUUGUCUCGCCGGCAGGGUUUAAUACGCCACAAGCAGAAAAUCUAAAUCAUCUUAAUGAAAAUCUUGUUAAUAAUAAUGAAUUUGAAAGUGAGUUUUUACCUUUUUCUAAUCAUAAUAUUAAUGAGAUAUCUGAUCAACAAAAACAUCAUCGAAGUACUGUGAAUUUACUUAAAGCCAUCAAAGCUAUUUCUAACCAAGUAGGUUAUAUUGAAAUAAACAGCAUCUUGGCGCAUUUUGUAGACCAAUUGAACAGCAAAUAUCCCUUAUUACAAGAUGAUAUUGGGAAUCCUCCUAUCACAAAGACAAAAGAAAGGCCAAACAGUACCAAGUGCAAGAAGAUAGGUGCCGAAUAUGCUACUAAAAAAACCUACAUAUGUGGUGUUUGUAACAAUUCUGGACAUAAUUCUAGAAGUUGUCUACAAAAGCUUUAA